UUCAGUGUUUUGAUGGCAAACACAGCAAACAAAUCAUUGCAUCGAUUGCUGACACAUAUGACUGAAGUUUUUAUUACACACAACAAGAAAAUAUGGCAUUAAUUUAGUGAUCAAUUAAAACCUAUUGAUUAUUAUUAGUCAUUGUUUUUGUUGACAUUUGUUUGUCUGACUCAGACGCGGAUCUAAUGGUCAGCUAAUUAUCUCGUCUGUUGUUGACGUGAAGUGAUCUGUGAUUUUUUUCUGUGACCUUUUGAUUGAGUGAUUGCGACAAAUAUCAUAUUGAAGAAGAAGAUGUUCAAGAAGUUAAAGGAAAAGGUAUCGGUGGCGGCCAACGAAUCGGUACAAUCGGCCCGAACCACAAUUCAGGGAUUAAAUAGUACGGCCAAUCAAUACAUUGACCAACUUGUCAGCAAUGCCGCCAAAGACGACUCGGAUGGCAAUACAAGUCAUACAUCGACUACCAGUGUGUCGGAGGACGCGAACACAACCAACGAUUUGGUCAAUUUGAGUGAAGAGACGACGUCGGCGACAGUGAAACAUACGGAGUCGACCACCGGUGGCGACAAAACGUUAGAUGCGUUCAGUUUAGUCGAUUUGGACGACGACGCGCCCAAUCAUACCGUCAACAAUAGCCAAACUUUGGGUCAAAAUCAAGUAAACUUGAGUUCGUCGAUCUCGGAGAACGAUUCGUUCUUCUCGAUGACGCCCCUCACGAGUCCCACCAAUACAUAUGUACCGCAAUCAGACAUCGAAAGCGAGUAUGAAAGCGAAACUCAUCCACGUUUUCAAGUGGCGGACAGCGUAACCAAAGACCAAUUGAUUGAUUUAUGCGUCAAACUGAAGGAAAGAAGUCGCAAAUACAGAGAUCGUUGGACAGAAGUGGUCAGAGCGUACCGAUCGAUGAAUGAAGAAAAAGAAAAGUUAAAGAAAGUGUUGUCCGAUACUCAGGACAAAGCGUUGCGACGAAUCAAUGAAAUGAAAGAGCAAUCAAAUCUCGAACAACAGGCAAAACGACAUCUGGAAGAAAAUCUUCGUAUUGUUAUCGAAGAAAAAGACGAAAAGAUUAAAGUAUUGCAAACAAAAAUCGGAUUAUUAAAUGAAAACCAAAUCAAUGGAGUGUCCGAUGAUUUACUUGAUUUUCAAAACGUUUCGCAAAAAGAUAAUGAAAUCAAAGAGAUGUCCGAAAAAAUGGAACGAUUGGAGACUUUACUGACGCGAUGUAAGGAAUCAUUGAAAACAAAUAAAGAAAAAGUUUCUUCACUUAAUAAAGAAAAUGAAGAUCUAUUGCAAUGUAAAGAUAAUUACGAUAAACUAUUGAAAGAAGUGGAAGAAUUGAGAAAACAUAAAGAAGACAGUAGUCUAACGUUUGCUGAAGCAAAGCAUAAAUUACAUGAAGAACUGGAGGCCAGGAAUAUCAUUGUCAAAGAACUUAAAGAUCAAAAUGAAAAGAAAAAACAACAAUUGAAUGAAUUUGAAUUGCAAUUGGAUUCCAAACAAAAGCAAAUUAAAGAAUUCGAAGAAAAAUUAUUAGAAAUUGAGAAGACAGCCGAAGAGGACAAACAAAACCUAUUGCAAGAGUUAUCGAGAGGAAAGUCUGCGGCUAUUCAUCUGUUGAGAGAAGAGACAGAAAAGAAAUUGGUUAACUUAGAGGGAGAAUGGAAACAAAAAUACGAUAAUUUGGUCAAAGAAAAGGACGAAUUGAGUCGAUUGUUUGAGGAAUCGGAAGCGACACACAAACAGAUGACAAUAGAUGAUAAUAGACGACAAAUUGAUGAAAUGAAUAAACAAAAUGAAAAGUUGAUGACCGAUAUGAAAGACUGUCAAACAAAGUUGAAUCAGACAAUCGAAGAGCUAAACAAAGCUCAAGAAAAUCGUGAAUUAGAGAAACAACAGUUAGAAAAACUUUUGGCCGAAUCGGAGCUCAAGUCAACGGAAUUGUUAAAUGAAAUCGAAAAACUUGGCAAACGAUCGGCCAAUUUGGACGAAUUGAAGACGGAUUUACAAAAUACGGAGACAUUGUUGCGUAGCGCCGAACAAAAGACAGACGACGCCCGACACGAUUUGGAAGCGUUGAGAAACCAAUUGGAAGACAAAGACACGCUAAUGGAUCAGCUAAAAGAGGAAAAGAGUCGCAGCGAAGAUGAAUUGAAAUCAAAGUUAUCAUUAUUAGAAAAAGAGUUAACAGAAAAAACCAAAAGUGUAUCGGAUUUGAAACAGAAUUUAGAUUUAGAGGAAACAGAUUUGAAAACUAAAUUAAUUGAUUUGGAAAAUGAAAUACUUGUUUACAAACAGAAAUCAAAUGAAUUGGAAAUGGAUAUCAAAUUAAAAGAUGAAUUAUUAGAAAAGUUAAAUAAAAAUUUGGAUCAAUUGAAAGUAAAAAAUGAAAAGUUUAAGACAAUUAUCUCAGAGAAAAAUCAAAGAAAUAAGAUAAUCGAAAGUGAAUUAACUGAUUAUCUGAACAAAAGUACACAUUUGGAGCAAAUAAUUGCUGAAAAUGGCAAUAAAAUUGAAAAUUUAGAAAAAGAGUUAAACGAAAAGUGUGUCGCUAUUGAUAAAGUUUCCGAUGAUUUUGAAAAUCAUGUCAAACAAGUGUCCGAAUUGAAGAUUAUAUUACAAGAAAAGGAUAAUUGUUUGACAGACUUUGAGGAGACUAUUAAGUCGAAUGAAGUGAUGAUUAAAAAUUUGGAAAAUAGUUUGAAAACAUUUGAAGAAAAAUGUGAUAAUUAUGUCAAAGAAGUCGAAUGCCUUACAAACGAUAAAAAUAUUUAUUGUAAUCAAUUAAGUGAAACCAAACAAAAUUAUAGUCAACUCGAAAGUGCUAACAAUGAUUUAAAUCAACAAUUAGUUGAAUUAAAUAAUCAAUUGAUUGAUAGUCAGACAAAAUUGAAAGAUUUUGAAGACAAUGAUUGCCAGAAGAGUUUACAGAUGAAAGAAGAGCUCGAAUCGUAUAUGAAAUUAAAUUCAGAGCUUAAACUACAAUUAGAUACACUUCAGGAGGAAUGCUUACAAUUGACUGAAUUAAAAGAAACUAUUGAUAGCAAAGACAUACUUCUCGAUGAGUGUCGACUAAUCAAAGAGCAAAAUAUUAGUGAAAUUGAAUCAUUAAAACGGGUUAUCAAUGAAAAUACUAGUUUAUUAAAUGAUAUAAAAAUUAAAAACGAUUCAAAUGAAACUGAAUUAAUUGAGUUGCGAACAGUUAUCGAUGCGAAAGACAAACAGAUAACUGAUUUGAAUAAUGAAAUGAAAUUAAAAGAUGAAAAUUUAACUGAAUUUCAGCAACGAUUGGAAUCGGAAGUUAAUAACAGAUCAGAUGAUUUCAUAAAAAUACAAACAGAACUCGAGGAAUGUGUCCAAAAAUAUAGGCAACAAUUAGAUUCAAAUGAAACGAUCGCUGAAGAGAAAACCAAAUUGUCUGUUGAAAAUCAAGAGCUUAAGAAAAUGAUUGAAAAUUUAGAUAAUAAUAAUUCAAUGAUUUCGACACAAUUAAGUGAUAAAUCAGAUGAACUAACAGAGAUUUGUGAAAAAUCGUCAAAAUUUGAAAAUGAUUUCAAAAAUUUACAAGAAGUUCAUAAAAAUUUACAGAAAUCAUUUGAUGAGUUAAAUGAAAGAUAUAAUAAUCUAAGCAAAGAUUUUCAAUCAAAUGUCCAAAAAAUAGAUGAUAUGAAAUCAGUAAUAGACAACAAUGAGAGCAAUGCUUCCGAGUUAUCGCGCAAUUUGAAUGACAAGAAUAAGUUAGUAAAGAGUUUAGAGACACAACUGAAAGAGAAAAAUAAUUCUAUCGAUACUAUCGAAAGUGAUUUGAAAUCAAAGAUCCAAUUAAUCGAAAGUCUUCGGUCAGUUCAAGAAGAAAACACAUCACUAAACAGUCAGCUGAAGAAACUAAGAAAAGAGAUGUCCAGCUCUAAGACUUCUGAAGGACAACUAAAAGAGUUGAUAAAAUUGAAUGAAGAUUUGAAGACCAGUUUGAACGACAAAUCGGUUCAGCAUUUGUCCGAAACGGAUGACUUGAAGAAACAGUUGGCGCAGUUGAAGGAACAACACCGGAAAGUUGUCGAUAAACUAUAUAAAGAGUUAGACAUUCGAGAAAAACAAUUAGACGAUAGUAUGAUGGCUGUAGAGACACGACAUAAUACGACAGCUCAAGAGUUGUUGGAAUCAAGAAGCGAUAAUUCACGACUAAAACUGAGUCUAACGGAAGUCCAAACCACGAAUGAAACGCUUGGACAAGAGUUGACGCAAUUACGGCAACAAUUAGAUGAUAUUCAAAGUCAACAACAAAACAAUUCGGUGGAGAGUUUGCGUAAUCAGGAGUUGAUUGAAAAGAUCGAGUUAUUGGAAACAAAAUUACAACAAAAAGAGAAUGAAUUUGACGAACGGUUGGAAAAGUUUAGCGAAAAUGGCGACAAAAUUAUUGGUGAAUAUAAGAAACAAAUUUCGUCGUUAGAAUCGGAAGUGACCGACAAGAAUGCAGCGCUCGAAGAGGUCCACGAAUACUAUCAGCAAAGACUUCUGGAGAAAGAUAGCGAAUUAAAGUCAUUGCAUUCGGAGUUUGAUUCUUCAUCGGUUAACGAACACACAUAUCAAGUGAAAGCUAUGCAAAAGUCGUUACUUCAGUAUCAAGAAGAGAACGUCCGCUUAAAAGAGUUGUUAAACAUUAGACGCUUUGCCGAGUCUAACAGUUCCGAUAAUAAUAUGCCGCUUAUAUCGGGUGUCCAUUUGCCGGAACCGACCGAAUACGAGUAUUUAAGAAAUAUUUUAUUUGAGUUUAUGAUCGGACGCGAACCUGUUACAUUAUCAAAAGUGAUUGCAGCUGUCAUGCGAUAUACUGGCGAUCAAACGGAUCAGAUAAUUAAGAAACAGGAAUCAAAUCAGAUGACUAGCGCUUUAAGACAAUUGAAACCUAUUUGAUGGAUAAAAUUUGAUGGCAUUUCCAAUUGAAUAUUUUUAAAAAAAACUGAUGAUUUGGUUGUGCUGUUUGUGUAUUAU